CGUGACAGAGAAACCCCAAUACCCAUCACAGAUCGUGACAGAGAAACCCCAAUACCCAUCACAGACCGUGACAGAGAAACCCUAACACCCAUUACAGACCGUGACAGAUAAACGCCAAUAUCCAUCACAGCCCGUGACAGAGAACCUCCUGACGCAUCACAGACCGUGACAGAGAAACUCCAGUACCCAUCACAGACCGUGACAGAGAACCUCCGGACCCAUCACAGACCGUGACAGAGAAACGCCAAUAUCCAUCACAGACCGUGACAGAGAACCUCCUGACGCAUCACAGACCGUGACAGAGAAACUCCAGUACCCAUCACAGACUGUGACAGAGAAACCCCAGUACCCAUCACAGACCGUGACAGAGAACCUCUGGACCCAUCACAGACCGUGACAGAGAAACCCUAGCACCCAUCACAGACCGCGGCAGAGAAACCCUAACACCCAUCACAGACCGUGACAGAGAACGCCAGAGAUCAUCACAGAUCGUAACAGAGAACCUUCGGACCCAUCACAGACCGUGACAGAGAAACUGUAGAUUUGAAGCAUCAAAUAAACGGUCAGCUACAAAUCUAUCGUAAAGAAAUGGAAGAAAACGUUGUCCAUUUAAUUCGUAACAAUAGGUCCAUCGUGUUUCACACUUUUAAUCCCGCAAGGGAUUGCGCUAACAGCUUUUUUUAAAUGAAUGCCAUAGUUCAGAAAAACUGAUAUUUGAGUUUUCUCAAAGUCUUAUGAAUUUCAAGAAAUUUUAUGAGACCUUCACGUAUGAAGCAUUGAAGCAGGUUGUUUUUUUUUACGUGUGAAAUGAAAAAUUCAUCACGAUUAAAGCUAUGUUUAGACAUAUUGUCAAGUUAAAUGCUGCACAUUUUCAUAUAAUAUCUCUCUUUUUUUGUCUUAUAUGAAGUAGAAUAACGUUUCUUCUUUUUAAAAUGAAUAGUCACAUGGGUCAUUCAAAUUUUCUCUCCAAUUCGUUUUAAAACAAAUGACAAUAAGAAUAAAAUGAGGAAAAAUUUAACAAUAUGUGUUGAAAAAAGGAAAAUAUUAUUUCAACACUAAAGAAACAGAGUUUCUCUCCUAUAUAAUUCUAUUUAAUUUUUAAAUAAAUUACCGAACUCGAUGUUUAGCAAAAGUCUGAGAUGUCGAUGUGUACUAAAUAAAACACUCAAAUUUAAGAAGUUCAUUUCAUCUCGACAAUAAAAAAUAUUGUAGAUAUAUUGCUGUAUUGAUAAAAUUUGUACAAAUCAGGUUGAUCAAUAAACUGAAAUUCUGUAUUAGUCUAGAUUAAUUUAUAUCGGCAGUUUAGACAACAACGCUUGUUCGAGGUUUUCCAAAAAGACAACAUUUUAAUUUCGAUUUCUUCAGAAAUUCUUUGGAAAAAUAAUUAGGUUUUCUCAUUAACUAAAUCUUGAAAAACUAUGAGUUUCUUUAAUUGUUUUUUUUCUAUCUGAUAAAGGCAAUCGUGAGUUAUUUAUGUAAACUGAAACGAAUUCAGAUAAUAAUAAUUUUAAAUAAUCAAUAAACAUAAAGAAAUCGUUUUUGUAUAUUGAACUGAUUUAAAUUGCGGAUUUUAAACAGGAUAAUCAUACUGAAUUCUUAAUAAGUUUUUAUUUGAUUAUUAGUUUUCGUGAGAACUAUCAAAUGAUAUUACUUAUUCAUAUACACAAACAAAACUCUAAUAUUAUUUAGUUCAUGACGUUUUAAUAAAAUGUUAUGUUUUUGUACAAAAGACUGCACUUCAUUUUAUUAUUAGCAUUUUUUCAACUGUGACAAGAGUUGAAUCAUAUCACAUUGAAAACAAAACUAUAAAAGAAAACAAUUUUUAUUUUUUUUCUUUCGGUUCUUGUUUAGUUUAAGCACCGCUCACGCUGAUUGGUGUAGUUUACACAUGCACAGAGCACUGUGUGUGGGUGAGGACGCUAUGAUUGCGGUGCUUAAACUAAACAUGUACCUGGAUGGUCCAUAUUUUACUAAAACUGAAGCUCAUUGGUCGGCCAUUACAACUCCAGUGUGACCUCUAUUCAUUUCAUCGUAUUUCCCUUAACCCAUUGGAUUCUCUUAAACGGUUACCACACUUAUCUCAACCUAAAAUUAAAAGUGAAUUAAAAAAUGUGUUUAAUGUUUCAACAUAGGAACACCAAUCAUAUAUUUUCUUAAUUCAAUUCAUUUUUCUUUCGACUAGUCUAGUUUGUUUGACUCCGAACACAAAUGUAUUAUGUCGAACAAACGAAUAACAAAGAGCAUUACUGAAAGCAUAAUAUUCUUUCAUUGAUAUUUAAAAAUUUUAUUUGAAUUUUUCUUUUAACUGUGAUCACUUAUCUUUUUAACAAUAAAAAAGUGCAAAUAUAUAUAUAUAUAGGGAUGUGCAGUUUCGGUGAAAACAGUGAAUUACUGACAGUGUGCCACUGACACUGGUGUUCACUGAAUCAGUGCAUACACCGACAUGGUGUUCACUGAACCAGUGUAUACAUCGACAUGGUGUUCACUGAAUCAGUGCAUACACUGACACUGAUUGCACUGGUUCCACUGUCUACACCGACAUUGGUGUUCACUGAGCCAGUGCAUACACUGACACUGACACUGACUGCACCGAUGUUAGGGUUUACUGGAACAGUGAUGCUCACUGAAGUAUCAAGUCACCGACUCAAUCAAAGUAUGCACUGCUCGUGACUUUAUUUAUAAUUAUCAACGAAAUUAGCGAAAUGACCAUACCUAUUCCUCCAAAAAAGAGGAUUCAUUUAAGUAAUCUAUAAUUUUGAGUAAUAAAGUCGAUUUCAACGAAAUACGCCACUUAUAAUCCUAAUAUUGACACAUAACUGCGGUAUUUUAUGACUCGACCAAAUUCAUUUAAAGAAGAUGAGAGUUUCCUAAAAUUUAUGUGGAUUUUGUAAAACUAUUUGUAUCGUUUCAAUUACAUAAAUUUUUCGCUUUAUUUAAUCUUUCUUAUGCAAUGGUGAAAAAAGUAUAUGUACGUAAAAGUGUAUGUAGCUUAUCUCAACCAAGAAACCAAACUAUUGAGCGGAUAUGCUUCCAUUCAAUGAAAAUAUUUUGUUCAUCCGCAUAUUACAGGCGGAAGAUGUCGUCGUCUUCUGUGUAUAAAUUCUAGUCAAUGUAAAUCAGUAUCAGUACGUCAGUGUUCCAGUGUGCGUCAGUGUAUGCACUGGUUCAGUGAACACCAUGUCGAUGUAUGCACUGAUUCAGUGAACACCAUGUCGGUGCAGACACUGCAACGGAAGCAGGCAGUGUCAGUGUCAUCAGUGUACCGGUGAACGCCAGUGUGACUUUAUCGGUGAUCAGUAUACUGAAACUGCACAUCCCUAUAUAUAUAUUUUUAAAAUUUUUUUUUGUUUAUUUUAGAUCUUCGAAGUUCAUCAAUAUCAACUUCCCACCGAAGCUGCUCAAUUGUUGAAAGAGGCUGAAGUACAAAUACAACAAAAAGAUGAAAAAAUAAAAGAACAAGAUGAAAAAAUAAAAGAACGAGAUCAAAAAAUAAAAGAACAAGAUUAG